GAAAAUAUAGAAAUGGACAAAAUGUCUUUCGUAACUGUGAUUGCCUGUCUUGUAUCUAUUAUUAUUGUCCUGCAAGGAGCUGACGCCCAGGAUUGUAAUACUCCAAAAAUGUCCACAUGCACCAAAACCUACAGCGGCACGGUAGCAGGUGCCGGAGGAAGCAAGAACAAAAUAUGCAGUGCAGCACAUACCUAUCUGGAUUGUUUGAACAAAGUGUUCACUGACUGCAAAUUGGACUCCAGUUCCUCAACUAUUGGCCACACAAUUGCUGCGGCCAAACAGGCACUUUCUCAGUAUGGAUGUGGUCGUGGAAAUGGUGCCGGAAGUCUUGUUUUCAACUUGGUUGCAUUGAUGUCUGGACUAAUAUUUUAUGAGCUGUUUUAGAUGAGCAAAUCCACAUGCAAAAAUAUUCAUAAAAUAACAUUCAAACACAUAUACGAACAAAAUCUUUUUUGGACACUUGCACAUAUAAUUUAUUGUCAACAUAAUAUCCUGAAAUACUUGGAUUGUAUAGUUUUUGAUAUUUGUUUAAUGAUUAUUAAUGUCAUCUUUCUCCUUGUCAAUAUCUAUGUAAGUUUAUCGACAUGUUACGUCUAUGUAUGUCUAUUGGCAACAAGCACCCACUUCAAUAUCAGAGUAUUCAUGAAUUGUUAUGAUUAACAGUAUAUCCUGCUUUUAAUUGAAAUAUUUGAUAAAACUUACCGUAACCUUGGUGUAGAUAAUUCAGAACUGUUUUUAUAUUACUCAAGAAAUUAAUCCGAGGGCGAUUGCUUUACUUUUAAUUGUAUACACCAUUAUUUGUCCUUUCUAUAUUAAUACGCGUGUUUUUCUGUCCUCUAUUUUCUCCCAGCUAUUUGGAUUGUAUCCAGUAAUGUAAUAUUGUCAUUUUUCUGUUAUAUUUAGCAUUGCCAUAAAAGCGGUAGGUUAGGCUAGCAAGAUUCAAUCCGCCUUUUUUUUUUAAGAAAAUCCAAGUUGAUUUGAAAAAAGUUAUUUCACAAUUAAAGUGUAUUGUCUCUAUUUUGUUCGAACUGCAAAUUAUAGCGUUGUUUACCUAGAUUACUUUAAUUCUCAAAUUUGACAGCAAUGAAGCAAAAACCAAAAUGACCUUGG